AUGCUGUUGAGUAUGCAGAAAAAGAAACAUCCUAAGCGUCAUCUUGCGCUUCAACUUCAACAAUUCGGACUGGGGGAUGCCAAAAUUAUCGCUUUGUCGAAAUCUCUUCAUGGAUUCCAAGCCAUUCAAGUUCUAGAUCUCAGUGACAAUCGUCUCACUGACGUCGCAAUUAUUCCAUUGUUACAAUCACUUGAAUGUAUCCUCACGGUACUAAAUCUCAGCAAAAACGAGAUUGGUCGCAAAGGUUGUGAGCAAGUUGCACGCUUUCUGGCAGUCUGUAAGACGCUGACGUACUUGGACUUAUCGCACACAACGUUAGGUGGAGAUGACGAAGCGUUCGCGCCAGUAGCAGUUGCAAUUGAGGCUCAUCCGUGUUUAAAACGAGUGAAUCUUUCGCAUAAUUCGAUCGGAGAACGAGGUGGAACUCUGCUUGGCACCAUGUUGACUAAUCCUGCGUGUACUGUACGAGCUCUGGAUGUGUCGUGGAAUAAUAUCCGUCGAAGUGGAGCAGUGGCUUUAGGUAUUGCAAUGCGUUCGAAUACCUCAUUACAGACACUGUAUAUGAGUAUGAAUCGAUGUGGAGAUGGCGGUGGAGAGCAGUUAGCAGCAGCGUUAGCGUCUAACACAACUCUAACCGAACUGGAUCUAUCGCACAACGCUCUAACCGGUGCAAGUGCAGUAGCUUUCGGCUUCUUUUUACGUCAAAACCACUCACUUCGAACAUUGGACAUGCGAGAUAAUAGUCUUGGAGAAGUCGGGGCACGUGCACUGCUGAGAGCUAUCGCGUUAGGCUCAAGAUGUGAGAUUAACUUGUCUGUCCACGACCUUGAAUCUUCCGCUACAGGGUCCACAUCUAGCUCGCCGAUUUUUGACGCUAAUCUACCGUCUGCUUCGUCUCCAUUUGAGCUUAAAAUCGGGGAAUCGCCCUAUGCGUUCGCCGUCGCGAGUGAAGUAAUCGACGCUGCGUUAAUCCAAGGACACUGUAUGCUCUCCGAUCUAAGCCACGAGGACGAUGAUAUACCUCGAUCUAAAGCUAAAUCGGCCAAGAAGAGGUCCUUAUUAGGGUUCGAUCAGGACCGACGUUGCCUCUAUAGCGUUCAAGACGCCGAUAAAACUCCAUGGACGCUGCCAGCACGAGGCGUCUUACGAGCUGUGGCUACAUUUAUGGCCCCUCCACUGCCUAGAGGCCCCGUGUCAUGGCUGGAUGAACAAUCAUGCUUGGGUCUAAUUCACAUUGUAAAACGCGGCUUCUCAUCGCGAGAUAUGAUGAGUCUUCUGGAUUUGGUGUUAUCGGAUUUGCAGCUUACAACCACACAAGCAACGUUUUUUGUGAGUCACUUGCAAUCGUCGUUGCCAAAGAUGGAGCUUCUAGGCAGACUCUGGCCGUGUCUAAUUGACGGAGAAAAGGCGUUUACUUUUCUACAAGAACAUUUGACUCAGCCAGAGCAGUGGCGACUUAUCGAUCGCUUCGGUCCAGUGCUGAUGCAGUUCUCGACAGCUAAUCCCACGGGCCAUUGGACGUUGACACUAAGAGAUGCUAGACACAGGAAACUUGCACUCUGGUUUGCCUCUUUAAACGCAUACCACACUGGUGUAGUGACUCGCUCCCACUCUAAACGUUCCGACUGCAGUCAGUACGGACGUGGCUUCCACUGGCGCAACGUAGUCUUCAACCAGAAGCGUAUUCAGUUAACCUACUCGUUCUUUGAUCGCUUACCACGUGACGGAGUACUGGAGUUCGAUUACGUGUCUCCAUUACGACCAGAAGACAGAGAUCUGGAAGACACUAAUCUAGAAUUUCCAGAAGGUACAGAACUGGAUCAAACCACUCUUCAAGACGCUAUGACGGACGAGGAGUUGACAACUUUAUUAGCUCAAGUAGGAGCUGAAGUGUGCGCUGUCUACGUCCCCGUCCACAAGCGGCAGAAUCUCAAGUAUCACUUAGUACUAUUUCACCUUGCUAUUGCUGGUCGACGAGUGAUGACGAGACAAGCACAUUAUGUACUACAACACUUUCCCAAGAAUUACGAAUCUGGACGUUUACGUGCAUUAGUGGUCAUGCAUCACGCUAUUGUGGACUUGGAAUCUUUCGGGGAGUUAUUGGAUCGUCUGGCGCUCACAGACCGUCCACGUGUGUAUAUGAAUCUGGGCUAUCUUAACACAAUAAUGCCUUUGAAUAUUGAUAUGGAUUUUGAAGUGGAUUUCACUCGUGAAGACGAGAAAACGCUACUACGAGCACUCGUGGAUUUAUCGAUCUCGUGUCCAAUGGACAUGAUCCGUAUCGAUAGUACCCGGUCCACUGUCCUCAUCAUCUACUCCAUGUAUCAAACUAAUACUAUCCCCGCUUCGGGGCGUAUAUGCUUCCGCUACGUCACACAUCAAACCACGAAUCGUCUCGAAUGGCUACGUGCUCGCCAGCAAAUCUAUCGUCAUUUCCUCUGUGGCGAUCGUCUGAAAAACCUAAGCGAGGUAGCAGCUCUAGCUCUAGCAGAUUGUAGUAAUGAUACUACAGGUCCGACGGAUAGUAACACAACAACUACUACAGUGUAG